AGAAGUUAUUAACUAAAAUAAGAAGAAAAAAAAAAGAAAAAGCUGAAAAAAUGGCAGAUCCUUGAGAAAGGGAGGAGAGAAAGAGUUAGAUCAACUCCAGAAAUCAUCUGAGAUAAUUAUUGCAGCGAUGAAGAAGCAAACUGUAUCGUCAUCAUCAUCAACAAGAAAGCCUGCAAAAACAGUUCUUCCAUAUCAAACCUCAAGACUGAGGGACCACUACUUGAUAGGUAAGAAAAUAGGCCAAGGUCAAUUUGGCACUACAUAUCUGUGUACCAACAAGGCCUCAAACAAACAAUAUGCCUGCAAAUCAAUCCCAAAGAGAAAGCUUCUCUGCAAAGAAGACUAUGAGGAUGUUUGGAGGGAGAUCCAGAUCAUGCACCAUCUCUCUGAGCACCCAAAUGUGGUGCAAAUCAAGGGAACCUAUGAGGAUUCCAUGUUUGUGCACUUGGUCAUGGAGCUGUGUGCAGGUGGGGAGCUUUUUGAUAGGAUUGUGGCAAAGGGUCAUUACAGUGAGAAGGAGGCUGCUAAGUUGAUCAAAACUAUUGUUGGGGUGGUGGAGGCUUGCCAUUCCUUGGGGGUUAUGCAUAGGGAUCUUAAGCCUGAGAAUUUCUUGUUUGAUACCCAUGGUGAUGAUGCCCAGCUUAAGGCUACAGAUUUUGGGCUCUCUGUCUUCUAUAAGCCAGGUCAAUAUUUAUCUGAUGUAGUUGGGAGUCCAUAUUAUGUUGCACCUGAGGUUUUGCUCAAGCAUUAUGGACCUGAAGUAGAUGUUUGGAGUGCAGGUGUUAUUCUUUACAUCUUGUUAAGUGGGGUUCCACCUUUCUGGGCAGAAACUGAACCAGGAAUUUUCAAACAGAUUUUACAAGGCAAAAUAGAUUUUCAAUCUGAGCCAUGGCCUAAGAUCUCUGAUAAUGCUAAAGAUUUGAUACGAAAGAUGCUUGAGAGGGACCCUAGGAGGAGGAUUUCUGCUCAUGAAGUCUUAUGUAAUCCCUGGAUCGUGGAUGACAGAGUUGCCCCUGACAAACCUCUGGGUUCUGCAGUAUUGUCACGCCUGAAGAAAUUCUCAGCAAUGAAUAAACUUAAAAAGAUGGCUUUGCAUGUCAUAGCAGAAAGACUUUCUGAAGAAGAAAUUGGUGGCUUGAAAGAGUUGUUUAACAUGCUUGAUACGGAUAAUAGUGGGACAAUAACAUUCGAAGAACUUAAAGUGGGUUUGAAGAGAGUGGGUUCCGAACUGACGGAAUCUGAAAUCAAGGCUCUAAUGGAAGCGGCUGAUAUUGACAAGAAUGGAACAAUAGAAUAUGGAGAAUUUCUUGCUGCGACUUUGCACUUAAAUAAGAUGGAGAGAGAGGAGAAUUUAAUUGCAGCCUUCACCUAUUUUGACAAAGAUGGUAGUGGCUACAUCACAGUUGAUGAGCUUCAGCAGGCUUGCAAAGACUUUGGUUUAGAUGAUGUUCAACUGGAUGAAAUGAUCAAAGAAAUUGAUCAGGACAAUGAUGCACGAAUAGAUUAUGCAGAGUUCACUGCAAUGAUGAGAAAGACAGAUGACGAAAUUGGAAGGAUCGGAACUAUGAGAAGCAAUCUAAACUUCAAUCUAGCUGAUGCCUUGGGAGUCAAUGAAUCGGUCAAUGAACCAACCACUGCUACCAACGAAUUGGUCAAUGAACCAACCGCUAGCACUAACUGAAGGUGUUCUUUUGUAUAUUUAAGCAACAUGCAGCAAUGAAGGAAUGAAGGCUACAGCUAAGUUCUUAAAGCUAUCUUUUGCUCAGUCUUGGAAGUAUUCUGUUAUUCUUAGUUUUGAUGAAGAAGUUUUAUAAAAUCUCAUUUAUGCUCUGUAGAGCUGAAAAAUAACAUCUUAGUGGCCCCAGAUGUUCGACAGUUAGAAUUCGUCUAUGCCGUGAGGUUUAACUGCAUGAUCACUAUAACUACGACAGAAGCAGCAAUUCAUCAAAGUAAAUUAAGUGUAGAUGCUAACGUUGUUGAUUUUCUAGCCAUGGGGCCAUUGUUGUAGGUUUAAUGCUUUGAUAUGUACUGGCCAUUGCCACAUUUUGUUCAUAAUAAACAUUUUCUGUUGUAAAGUUUCUAAAGUCUCCAGCAGAACAAAUGAAGGCCAAGAAGCCUUGACCCAGUAAUCUGGAUUUGGAAAAUGGAAACUGUACAAUUUCUUCA